AAAGUAAGGGAUCCAUGUCAGUCUAAUUUACAUAUUAUAUGAAGAGCGUGAUCCAGCAAAUCUUUGUAAAGAUCCGUCUCUCUCCUCAAUCAAUACUCUGACAUGCCUUAAAAUUUUAAUAUAUUGAGCAUUUGAGCUAAUCCCCUUUGAAUGGCAGUUGGGAAGUGGUAUGAAGGGAAGCUAGUGUGUGUUACAGUGUGUAUGCGUAUAUAAAUAUAACUGUAUAGUGAUUGUAGAUAGUAAUCUCACUCAUGGAAAUUAGAAGUCCCCUCCUCUUCUGCUUGCUAGCCCUGAUGACUCACUUUGUGGGUGGUUUAAAAUGCAGUCCUCAGCACUCAGUUCAACUCAGUCGGAGCAGUUUUCCAGAUGGAUUUGUAUUCGGAGCAUCGUCAUCGUCGUACCAGUAUGAAGGAGAAGCAUCUGAAGAUGGUAGAAAACCCAGUAUGUGGGAUACCUUCACUCACAAACAUCCAGAAAAAAUUGCGGACCACAGCACGGGUGAUGUAGCAGAUGACUUCUAUGGUUGGUACAAGGAGGACAUAAUUCAAAUGAAAGAGAUUGGAUUGGAUGCAUUCAGAUUCUCCAUCUCAUGGCCCAGAGUAUUACCUAGUGGUAAGAUCAGUGGAGGAGUGAACCCACUAGGUGUGAAAUUCUACAACGAUCUCAUAGACAACCUCUUAUCCAACGGUUUGCAGCCAUACGUGACCCUAUUUCACUGGGAUCUUCCUCAAGCCCUAAUUGAUGACUAUGGUGGAUUCUUAAGCCAAAAUAUUGUGGAUGAUUUUCGCGACUAUGCGAACUUUUGCUUCAGAACAUUUGGCCAUCGAGUCAAGCAUUGGCUGACAUUGAAUGAACCAUACGAAAUUUCUGUAUUUGGAUAUGGCAAUGGUUUGUAUGCACCCGGUCGAUGUUCUAACUACAUUGGAAAUUGUACGUCUGGAAACUCGGCAACCGAACCCUACAUAGUUGGCCACCACCUACUCCUUUCGCAUGGCGCAGCUGUGAAGUUGUACAGGGAGGGAUACAAGGCUUCCCAAAAGGGCCAAAUUGGGGUCAUAUUAUCGUCGAGUUGGUUUAUGCCAAUUUCCCAAAAUAUCGUGGAUCGAAAGGCUGCUUUAAGGGCUCUUGAUUUCAUGUUGGGAUGGUUUUUACAUCCAAUUACAUAUGGUGUAUAUCCUGAGAUCAUGCGGUCAUUGGUGAAAAAUAGACUACCAAAAUUUACUAAGACGCAAUCUAAGAUGCUGAGAAAUUCUUACGAUUUUAUUGGCAUAAAUUACUACACUUCACAUUAUAUUGCCAAUAGUAUGCUUCCACCGAGUAUGAACUUGAGCGUGACAACAGAUAGUCAUGUUAUAUCAUCAAACGAGAAAAAUGGAGUUCCCAUUUGUCCUCCGACUGAUUUGAGCUGGCUUCACGUGUGUCCAAAAGGGAUUCGAGAGCUUGUGCUAUAUAUAAAAGAUAACUAUGGAAAUCCACCUAUUGUCAUUACGGAAAAUGGGGUUGCAGAUGCAAAUAAUAGCACUUUACCAAUUGAAGAAGCCUUGAAGGAUAACUUGAGGAUAAUGUACCACCAUGGCCAUCUAACAUAUCUUUCAAAAGCCAUCAAGGAAGGAGCUAAUGUGAAAGGUUACUUUGUAUGGUCAUUUCUUGACGACUUCGAAUGGAACUAUGGUUUUAGUAUUCGGUUUGGUAUAAAUUAUGUAGAUUUUGAGAAUGGUUUAAGAAGAUACCCCAAAUGCUCUGCAUUUUGGUUCAAGAAGUUCCUUCAAAGGAAAAAGUUAUUCUCUAAGCCAUAUAUGUCGCACUGGCUUGUGAACGCCAAUCACGCACAUUUCAUCAGUAAAGAUUCUUAUCUUGCAUAUCUAUGAUCAACUCUUGAAACAAUGUUUUAUUUGGAAAUAAAAUCAAUGUAUCUAUAUACUUUUCAAGAUAAGCCUAUUUAUCUUGAAAUUUUCAAUUUU